AUGACUACUGCCUCUGCCCGUGACGCAACGCUGGAGAUAGACGAUCUCGACCACGCAUCGACAGAAACGAACGAAACCAAUACCCAUAUUUUAUUCGAUCGCUACCAGAGACUGAUGGCACCUCAUAUGCCUUUUGUGGUGUUCCCAACUGGUACCGAUGUUUCGAGCUUGGCCAAGAACAAGCCGUUCUUGUUGCAGGCUAUCAAGACAGCAGCUUUCUUCCAUGAUACCGCAGCUCAACAGAUCAUGGUCAAGAGUCUUAUACGAGAAAUCUCGGAGAGGGUGUUGAUCAAUGGUGAGAAAUCACUCGAUCUGCUACAGGGUAUGCUAGUGAUUGGAAACUGGUAUAAUCCGCAUCUCUUCGCGCCACCAAGCCACACAGUACUUCUACACCUUACCAUGGCGCUCGCUCAUGAUCUAGAUAUCGAUCGCGCGCCAGGAUUUUGUGAAAAGGCGGCUCUGAUGGCAGCGUCACAAGCGCAUGGCGUACCACAGCCGGCAAAGGUCGUAACGAACGAUGAGCGACGUGCAGUUCUCGGAACGUUCUAUCUAACCUCACAGAUAUUUACAUCCUUCCGGAAGAUCGACAACCUUAACUGGACUCCAUGGCAUACAGCUUGCGUCGAGGUACUGACGCAAGCUCGAGAAUACGAAAGCGAUCUUUUGCUCGUACAGCUAGCGCAGAGCCAGCGCAUCAUGCAAGAAGCCAUGGCUACCGACUGCGAGCAUGCUCCGGUGCAACUGUAUGCCAAAUCGUUCUUGAGUGACCUCGAAAGGGCUGCGCUAGCGUCUGGAAACGCAGCGACGGCGAUAGUGUCGCGUUUGCAGCAAGCCUGUACCCGAACUGCGAUCUGGGAACGCUCAUUCGGGAAUCUCGCCACCCAUACAGUCAAAGAGACGGACCUACGGCAGCGACUAGAUGGAAUGUGGCAAUGCAUGGACGCGGCCAAAAGGUACACGGAGAUAUACCUAGAACUACCCGUCGAAGACUAUCUUGUCGUUCCAUUCGGCGUUUUCGCGCAGUUUGCGUACAUCUUUGUUGUGCUUGUGCGAGCAAGCCUGAUUGAGAUGGACGGUUGGGAUGUCCAAGCUCUUAGAAAGUUCGUCGACUUUUCGACACUUCUCGGCGAGGCUUCUCGACGGUAUGAUGCUGUAUCGCAGGCGCAUCCUGAUAGUCUGAACCUGAGAAACGAAGCCUUUGCGAAGUGGUCUGCGAAGACCAAGUGGGCGAAAUCUUUCUACGACACGAAGUUCUUGUGUCUGGCAUCAAACACACCGACAGCAAAUCAGCCUCCGUUUGAGAUUAGGCCUACCAAUACAAGCAAACUGCAGGCAUCGUAUCCAACUCCUCUCGCCUCUGUCGAGGCUCUGACGGAGCCCGCCUCAGAUUCAUUUGUAGCUUUCGAUGACUGGGCCAGUUUUGCUGACCCAUCAACCUUCCUUGAAGAUAUGGAUUUUGGAGUACCCAGCAUGGUGUAG